GGGCAAAUUACAACACAGCUGUUAAACGACCCGCCACCCACACAGGUGACAAUAAUCAAGAUCCGACCUGUCUGCCCUGUUCAAAUGCUAAGGUCCAGCCACCACAUGCAACAUCACGGGUUCUGUCCCAAAUGACUUCUUGGUGAACACCGAGUGCUCCGAAUAGGGCGUCGAAGGCAUUACUGCACAGGCUAGUGCGCUUGAACAGAGGGGAGGAAAGAGUUGAGAUUUAGCCGUCCCCCAGGCGCACUCGGUGUUGCCAGAUUGGUGGAUUUCCAUCUAUUUAUCAUGUUAAGAGGAACGGCAUCGCGUUGGCGUAUGCUUCUGAUAAUUUACAUAUAGAAUAAAUUAAACAGGAAUACUACUUUGGCUUGGUAUGUUUCAAACAAUAAUUCAGUAACAAUAUUCAUUCUGAUCUGGCAACUCUGGCCAAACUCCAGAUGUUCCCCGCGCCGAUUCAACAGGACAGCUGAGUAGAGGAGUGUUGCAGCGGUUUGUCAUUCUGAGAAGUACAGCUCAGUUCCUGAAGAACAUCCAUGUUGUGUGCUGUGUGUGUGUGUGUGUGUAUGGCCGUGUGAUAAACAUGAAGCCGAGGGAUGAAAUACAGAAGCCGAUUCGGCUGAUCGCGGCAGCGUGCAGAAAUAUGGGCAUAGGCAAGGAUGGUCGCCUUCCGUGGAAUCUUCCUGGCGUCCAAAAGUCUGAGACCACACUGAAAAUCUGGGAUUUUUUUUUUCGUUUAAAAUUGGAAAUAAACAGAAGGACAGAGUUUCAGUUCUUUUUGAAUACCAUCACAGCUGUGUGUAGUGCAGGAAAGAAGAACUUGAUCAUAUGGGGUAAAUACAGCUGGUUCUCCUGCCCAGAAAGAAUCUUCCCCCUGGCCAACAGUCUCAGUGUGGUUCUCAGCAAAAAGCUGAUGUCUGUCCCAAAGCAUGCUCACUACAUGUGCGAGGAUUUUGUCAGUGCAGUUAAAUUGGCCUCUCAUCCUCCUCUCAGUGACCUUGUAGAGACCAUCUGGAUCUUAGGAGGAACUCAGGUGUACAAGGAAGCUCUGGAGCACCCUUGGUGUGACCUCAUCUACCUCACUGACAUCAUGGCUGACUUUGACUGUGAUGUUUUUUUCCCAAGUUUUGACCAAAAUGUUUAUAGAAAACAAAACAAGUUCCCUGGUGUGCCAGAUGAGAUUCAAGAAGAAAAUGGCCUCAAAUUCCGAUUUCAAGUCUUCAGGAAGGAAAGCUGACCAAGUAGGCACAAUAAGAAGAAGAUGGAAGUAUUAUUUCUAUCGUGUGUCUUAUUGUGCACACUGAUUUAGUGACUCAAAAAUACAAACUGUAUUAUUAUAUAGCUUUUUUUAAUCAUAUUUUGUAUUUUCUUAAUUGUGUUAGUUAAUGUUCUUUAACUCCCAGAACUGUCAAUGUCCCAGACAAGAACAAAUGAUAUGAUGGCUUCAAAAUAGCAUAAAUAUAUUAUUUUCCUUCAGUCACAGCCUUGCACUUGCUCUGAUGACAAGUGAUUUCCCCAGAACUAAUUUAGGGGUUUCACACCAAUGGUGGUGAAUAUGUGCAUUUAUAACUUUGAUGCUUUUUUGGUAAAUAGUUUUACAAACUAUAUAGAUUUUAACCCCCACUUCAGUAUUAUGGGUUAUUCUGCGUAGAUUCAUGUAUAUAAUUAUAUAUAUAUGUAUAUAUAUGUAUAUAUAUAUAUAUAUAUAUAUAUAUAUAUAUAUGAAUAUAUAAUCCCAAUUAAGUCUAAUUCAGUUCCAGGUUGUAACACGACAAAAUGUGGUUGUAACACGAAAAAAAGCGUAUGUAUACUUACGCAAGGCACUGUAUUGUAGUGUUAUUUACAAACAUAGAAUAUGUUUACAGCACCAGAUAAAGAAUAUGUUUUAAGAUUUUUAUUAUGAUCCUGAAUUUCACAAGUAGAAUAUUACAUAAAAAGUAGCAGCAGAUGGUCAAGCAAGAAUGAGUGCCAGUGAAAAGCGUGUCAACACGCAGAGAUACAACAGUUUGCAACCACUCACCAGACUCACUAUUACUCACCUCAUUGUGUCACCAAUGCUGUGCAUCAAAGAUAAAUUGAACAAACUGAGAUACAAGAAACAUUGAGCCUCUCCAUCCUACAAGCAUGAAGUGCAUUAAUAUACCAUCUGCUGUAUGAAGUCAGAAGCUCUUUGCCAUUCCUGUAUUUUUCCCACAAAACUUGAAUGAAUUAUGUUCUUAAAAUGAUUUCUGUAAUCUAUUAAAUUACGGACAAGGUAAUUAUUCACAAAGUGCAUUGAUCAAUUUGGCUGGACAGCUACAAGUCCAGUCCAUUUCCUUAAUAUAGAAUGACCACCUGUUAUAUUUGCUGCAUUUCUUUGUCUUAUAUGGUUAUGUUUCUGACAGAUGUGUGAAGAUUCAGGGAAAUUGAGUGAACUGUUCUGCAAAACAUCUUUAAAUCAUAUAAAAUAAAGUAUUUUAUAUUUGAA